GAGGUCAAGCUUGAUUAGCAAUAAUUUAAAUUUGUGCGAUGGCAGAUAUUAUGAGGCCUAUUAAUUUUUUUAUUACUUCUAGUUCACUUGCCCAUACUAAUUGCUAUAUUUUGCUAAGCAAUUAUGUUUGUACGGAAAGUUAAAGGAUUAUGGUUGUGUUAACACACAAACCAAUGUAAAAGAAAUUAAUUGGUGUAAACGAAACCUCAAAUUAUUAUUGCGUUGUUUAUUAAGCCAUUUCGCGGUGCUCAAAUCAAGACACAUUCAUUAAUGUCAGUGGUAAUUUACUCCGCAAACACUUUGUUAAUUAAAGCGAAUUUUAAAAAAUCCAAAGAUUCGUUUACUUUACGUUUAAUUUUUGACGCUGGAGAUUUAUGAUUCAAUUACUGGAUAAAAAUGUAAUGAAAUGCAAAACGUUGACAUGAACACCGACUUAAUUGGGCCGCAUGAUCGUUAAUUAAGACAAUCAGACGAUUUUCGAGGAAUUGUUAUUUAUUGCAGACGCGCAUUGUUGAAAAUAAGUGUUCCGUGUGGUGUGUAAUUCCGGAAUAAAUAAAAAUAAUUGCAACUUACACGAGCAUGUUCGAGCGUUUCGAUUUAACUUUGGGAAACGCAAUAAAGGAAUUUUCUUAUUUUUACACGCGUUCGUGGAUAUUUAGAGAAUAAUGAGGAAUCUGGAAACCGUCUUGCUUAUUUUUGUAAAAAGCUCUGUUUAAAUAAUAUCCUAUAAGAAACGAUAAUCAAAACAAACCUUCAUAACGGUUCUUAGACGAAUAUAAACAAAAAAGCCGCAUUACUCCAUCAAAGGCGAGAAAAAAUCAUGUCAAUGUGACAAUCCAUCAAGGAAAACUCUCAUCUCGUCGCAUCCAGCGGCAAGAUAAAUUUUGCACAAUCAAUCGAUGUCCUACUUCCAGAGAAAUUACGGCUUUUUCCGCCACCCAUCACUUUUAUAUAACUUAUUGCCCCUUUCCACGCCAAACCUCCGCAUAAAUAAACAUCCAAGAGUCUGAUUAAAACAUUUAAGCGAAAUUAUUAAUGGAUUUGUUCCCGCUAAAUGAACAGGAACGAGAACGCUGAUUUCAGGCGAUUCCGAUCGAUGUCCGAUGGGGCCGCCUACCGCCUCCCCAACCAGGAGCCUUUCGAGGUCUUCCCGAGUCUGCCGGACUCCGUUUUGGAGAAAAUGGGACUCCUCGGCAACGGCCCCAGGGAGCGCCUGAGCGACGAGGAGCUGGAGCAGAAGUUCGUGGCGUUGUCUCUCGCCUUCACCAUCGACGCGGCAACAAUCAAAGACCGCUGCGAGCGUCAGAGGCGCUACCGCGACCAAACGGAGACCAACCUGAACACGGAAAUCGAGAGACUGAUUGAGAAAGCCAACAAAAUGCAGUCCCUCUGCGUGGACGCGGAGACCACAGAGCUGCUGUCGGCCCUCCUAGGCCAGAUCGAUAUCGUCAUGAAGGCGUCUUCACACGCCACCAUUUCGUCCGAACGAUACGGAGCCGUCCAGCACGAGCACCGCAUCUCCGAGUCCGUCAAUGUGAUGAUCAAUCAUGUGAAUCUCCUCAAGCAACAAAGGGACUCGGCCCGGAGACAACUCCAGUACACAAAGCGGGUCCUCCAGAAUUCGAAUUCGGCGGAAGCUCCACAGAAACAGAUGGCGGCUAGCCAGAACGGUCGAAUGAUUACAAAAAGGCGGGCGAGUAUUGCGACAAUUUCACGUCCGAUUGAAAUCACGGCUAAAAGUACCGAUUCUCGUAAAAUUAUGAGGAGGACGUCGGAUUUAUCCUUGCGAGCUUCCUCGUUAGCGCGCAGUUCUAGACCUAAUCGGCUAGAACUCGGUGUAGAUCUAGUCAAGAUCAAAGAAGGCAUGGUGGAGAACGAAGCCACGACCAACGAAUCCUGCAAUAGCGAUAACGAAUCGAAUCAGGACGAUUCUAGUCCCGAGGAUAGCGCACCUUCGGUCGAAACUGAUAUUUCGCCGCUGCCCCUCAGGCAUAGGCUAGUGAGGCGGUUUAGGCGGCUGCGGAAGGGCCUGGAGGAGCGAUAUGACAGGUGGACGGAAGACGGCACAAUCCACGAGAUUUGUUGUUUCUGUGCCCUUAUGUGCUUCUCAAUUAGUCUAAUAAUUAUGGCCAAUCUUUUAAUAGAAGUAGAGUUUAGUAAACGAGGCCUGGCACCGUCGAAUUUUUUUUGGUUCUGGACCACCAACGGGAAUACUCAAAUCACGAAGCGCAUCCAAGGGGGCAUCUCGACGACUUGACCUUAUUUAUUUAUUUAAUUAAACCAAAGAAUAAAAUUAUUUUCCCAAAA